AUAAGUCGUAAGUUUCUUUCAAAUGAGAUGGAAAAGAAAUAGCUGCUUCACAUCGAACGAUUACCUUCCAUCUUCGGGAUUGGCUUUGUGAAAAAUGAACUCGCAUUGCAGAAAUUCACCUUGGAGGACACAUGUGAGGCUUUCCUUUGCCAUUUUAGUUUGUGCCGUGAUAGUAUUUUUGUUUGCUUCAAAUAUCGUAACUGGAGGACUGGAUGAUGAUUCACGGCUUUUGUUCCAUCAGAUUAUUCAGGACAAUGUUACGAGAAGCCAACACAGAACUUUCAGCGAGGAAGCGCCCCUGCGCCUAAUUUCUUACAAUUUAUGGUGCGACUUUUUGAAGCCUCAUGUGAUGUGGGACGUCUCCGAAAGAAUUGAGGGUCUUGCAGAAGGCAUUAAAGAUUUUGACGUUGCACUCAUUCAGGAGGCUUACAUCUUGAAUACAGGAGUGGCUGUUGUCUCAAAAUGCGCAUCACUUAUGGUUAAAGCGAUGGAAAAGCGUGGAUUUCAUUACAGGACGUCGAUUGCAGAUUUUUUAGCGCCUUAUGUAGGACAAAGUGGUGGUAUUGUCAUCUUUAGUCGGAUCCAGCUAAUGAAUGCAACGUCAACACGAUACCGCCACUAUUCAGCCGCUCAAGUGGCAGACUUCAGGGGAUUUGUCAUAGGCGAGUUUUUACACAAAUCUCAGCAUCUUUACAUCAUAAACACCCACUUAGACCCUCAUGGAGUUGAUGCCAGAGUUUCGCAAGCGAAGGAAAUCGCCGAAGCCGUCCAAAACUUCAAGACAGGGUCGCACGUCGUUCUGGCUGGAGACUUCAAUAUUGACAAUCAUCAUCCCACCAUUAGUGACAGCAGCGAGGAGUAUAAGAAGCUGUUAGAAACUAUGCGUAUGGCUGGCCUACAGUCUGUUUUUCAAGUUAGAAUGGAAACUAGCAUCGAACACGGAAACUUUGAUGCAAUUUUCACCAGCUCUAAUUUCGAGGUGGUGAAGAAAGAAAUCGUAAAGCUGAGGACGAAAAAAAACGUGUUGGUUUCAGAUCAUUUUGGACUCGCGGUAGAAUUAAAACUUCUAUGAAAAAUUCUCGUGGAUUAGCUUUAUUUCAACAUACUUGCAUUAGAUCAUUUAUCCAUUUAAUUUGCGCUAUAUAAAUAAUAAAGUUAUUACUAUGUACUUUAAAGU